UCCCAACAGGUUGGUCGGCAAUUGGGAUCGCCCAUCACAUCAAUAGUUCUUUUGUUGAAAUGGCCAACAGUCGAUACGAGUACGUGAAGCAGUUUGAGCUGAGCGACACUCUCCUACCCGGAUGCUGGAUUGUUAUACGGAUCGAUGGGCGGGGCUUCACGAGGUACUCCCAGGAGCAUGGAUUUGCUAAACCGAACGAUUCUAGAGCGUUGGAUUUGAUGAACACGUGCGCUCUGGAUGUGAUGAAAGAGAUUCCUGAUAUCGUGUUUGCCUAUGGUGUCAGUGACGAGUACAGUUUCGUGAUUCGAAAGACGAGUACGUUGUAUCAACGGCGAGCAAGUAAACUCGUCUCAACCAUCGUGUCGUACUUUGCAGCCUGCUAUGUGAUGAACUGGGACACACACAUUAGGAGUGUGAAGAUGAGAUAUCCACCGGCGUUCGAUGGGCGAGCGGUAUGUUAUCCGACGGAUGAGAUUCUGCGAGAUUACCUGUGCUGGCGACAGGUGGAUUGCCACAUCAACAAUCAGUACAACACGUGUUUCUGGACUCUAGUGGGGUCUGGGAAAUCGAAAACGGAGGCGCAAAACAUUCUCAAGGGAACUUUAUCCGAUUUCAAGAACGAGUUGCUCUUCAAGGAUUUCGGAAUCAACUACAACUCUCUGCCAGCUAUGUUCAGGAAAGGGUCCUGCGUUUACAGGAAGAGAGUGGAGGAGGUGGUGAUGAAGAAAAAGGAGGAGAAGAAGGAGGAGAAGAAGGAGGAGGAGGAGGAGGAGGAGGAGGAGAAAGAGGAGGAGAAAGAGGGGAAGGAGGAGAAGGAGGAGGAGGAGGAGAAGGAGAAGGAGAAGGAGGAGGAGGAUAGAAAGGGAGAAGAAGUGAUACGGUGCAAAUUCAAACUAGUUGUCACACAUGAGGAUAUCAUAAAAGAUAAAUUUUGGAAGGAAAAUGCGAACAUUCUUAAGAGAUAAAAUUUUUGGAAGAUACCUUUCUCGGCCUUUUGGCUAAGAUCAAGUGUAGUAUCUGUUCUGAUCAGUUAAAUAAAAAACAAUAAAAAAAACAAUAAAAAAAACAAUAAAAAAAUUUGGAAGGAAACAUGCACACUUUAUUUGUCUUAAAGGGGGUGGGGCGAUUGGAUAAACCCCUCGUUUGUUG